UCUGAUCGUGCUCGCUCUUUGCCAGAUCCAGGCCGGCACCAGACAAAAGAGGAGGACCGUGCCCAUGGCCACUUCCGCAGGGCAGGACAGAGGGUGCGGAAAUCCAUUGCUGUUCACCGCAGAAAGGCCAGGGCCUCAGCAACUGAGGUGUUGGCACAGCCUGAGCCCAACCCAACGGAGCGCAAGGCCAAGGCUGACGCCCCAGAGACUGAGGGCAUCCCAGACUCUGACAGCACACCCAUUCAGCGCCUGCCAGAUGCUCCCAAUCCGGAAUUUUCUGGGGACAGGGUUAUCUCUGCUCAAGUGCCAGCUCUGGUGAGGUACAUCCACCGGUGGCUGACCUCCAAUGUGUCUGCUGGGCAUGUGCUGGAUAACACCCUUCUAGCAGUGACCGAGGCACACCCCAGGGAUGUCACCAUCACCCUCCUGCGCUGUGCCCCCUCGUGUGACAGAGCUGCUGCAACCAUGUGGAGGACCAUCGCCUCAUCAGGAACAACACUGGGGAAGGUGCUGCCAACACUGCUCCGCGUGAUGGAGGCCUGGCCAUGGCACAGCACAUCCACCUCUGAUGGGGACAACACAGCCAUCUUUGCCUUGGCUGCAACUCUGGCACUGUGGAUGAUUCUCCAAGAGCCCCAGUGCCCAGGGCCGUUGAUGGACUAUUCCCCCCAUCUCCUCGUGGCUCUGCUGUUCCAAAUCUUCAUCAGCACAGAGCAGAUGUCAGAGGAGGUCGACACCUUCUGGAGGGGAUGCCAGGAGCAACAUGACCUUCCCACCGAUCCCAACAGGUUUGCAGUGCUGACCAUGAAGGCUCUGCUCCGCUGUCUGCACUGUGAGGAUGUGGUGAACUCGGUGGAAAACAAUCAUGGCUGGGCGAGGCUCCUCAAUGCUCGCAGCCGCCGCUACGCAGCGGCUCUGCUGGCCAGGGAGAUGCACCGUGUCUCCAGCCCCUUGUGUUCCCGGAUCACACUGCACCUGCUGGAGCUGCUGCGCAGGGAGGAGCCGUGCUGGGACCUCCCUGCCAUGGCAUUCCUUGUGGAGGUCCUCGACUGCCUGGACAGGAGAGAAUGUGGUGACAGGGUCCUGGAGAUCCUGUCAAGGAACUUGGGGAGCACGAACAAAAAGUGGCGUCAACUGGCGCUCAGAGUCCUCGUAUCACUCAGCCGGGAUCCCGAGAUGGUGAGAAGGGGCAGUUGGCUGAAGCCGUGCUGGAAUCCUGGGGCUGGGGAGCACAGUCGCUUAGGCUUGGCUGGGCUUCAGGAGCUGUGGCAGCUGCUCUCAGCUCUGCUGCCUCCCCGUUCAGCUGCCCAA